AAAAAAUUAAAAAAAAGUGUUAAAAUUAAAUUUUCCAUAAACAGUGAUAAAGUGUUGCAAAAAAAAAAAAAAAUAAAAGAAUAAAAAAAAUAAUGUCUUUAAAGACAUUUUCAAAAUAUAAUGAAUUCAAACUGUGAUAACACAAGAUAUCUGAAUAUAAGUGAAAAACAACAAAGCUCAACAAAUGGUUUGGACUAUGAAAAGUCGACCUCGGCAUUAAUAAAUUUCAAACGUGAAUAUCUUUAUAACGCCACUAAGAAAGCGGCAAUGAACAAUACGAGCAACAGCAACAACAGUAAUAAUAAUAAUAAUAAUAAAAAUACAAUUUUAAUCAAUAACAACAACAACAAAAGUCCUUUACAUCAAAAACUUAGUCCUACACAUUAUAGUAAUAUUAUCAAUAAUAAUAACAACAACAACAACAAUAAUAAUAAUCUUAUAAUGAAUUCAGCCACUAUGCUGAUGCAUCAUCAGCAACAACAACAACAACAGCAGCAACAACAAAACGGUGGACGUGAUAAUAGCAGUAGUCGUGGUACUGAUCGAGGUGAUGAACGUCCCAAUGGUAGAUCUUCACAUACCGGUCGUGGUUCCAGUUGUUCACCAGCUUCUUCACCUACACGUCAUCCUAAUGCUGUCAGUCCUGUUACUUCCCUUAAUCACUCAAUGAUGCAACAAAUGCAACAACAACAUCAUCAAUUAAGCCCACCACCACAUGUGGGUGGUGUACCCACACCGAAUGGUUUACCUGCCGGUCUACCACCACGUAUGCCCCAUGGUCUGCCACCCCAUUCGUUGGGUUUGCUCAAUUCUCUACAAAUGAUGCAUCAUGCCUCACCAUUAGAACUCAUGGCGGCGGCUCAUCAUCAUGUACCACCACGCACCUAUAAUAGCCCGCCACCCAUUUCCACCUCAGAUCCCAGUGCCAAUGAAUGUAAAUUGGUCGAGUAUCGUGGUCAGAAAGUUGCCGCUUUUAUAAUAAGCGGUGAGACCAUGUUGUGUCUGCCGCAGGCUUUUGAAUUGUUUCUCAAACAUUUAGUCGGUGGCCUACAUACGGUGUAUACGAAACUGAAGCGUUUAGACAUUGUGCCGUUGGUGUGCAAUGUUGAACAGGUGCGAAUAUUGCGCGGUUUGGGUGCCAUACAACCGGGGGUGAAUCGUUGUAAGCUGUUGUCGUGCAAAGACUUUGAUAUACUGUAUCGUGACUGUACAACUGCCAGAUGUUUAUCGAUCAAACCACCAGAGAGUAACUCUCUGCAAUUCCGCAGUUCCAGACCGGGUAGACCGCCAAAACGUGGACCUGUGGGAUUAUCCUUGCCACCCACCCAUCUCAGCCAGCAUCCACAAUUGAAAAAACAUCGUCUUGAUAAUGGAGAUUAUCCCUAUGAGAAUGGUCAUAUAACAGAUAUGAAUCGUUUGGAAAAAUCUCCUCUCUUAGCCAAUGGCUAUAAUCCCCCGCCUAUUAAUCAUAUGGCAUUUAUGCAAAUGAAUCAUCAUCCCGGUUCUGCUCUUAUGUCACCCGGUAUGCCUCCUCAUGGUCUACAUGCCCGUCCCGACAGUCAAAUGUUAAAGGCAGCCGCUCAAAGUGGUAUGUCGGCAGCAAAUAUGGAUGCUUUAGCUAGAUCCGGUAUAUGGGAGAAUUGUCGGGCAGCUUAUGAAGAUAUUGUUAAACAUUUGGAAAGACUUCGCGAAGAGCGUACCGAUGAACGUCAACAAAUGAGUGGAGUUGGUGGCGGCGUUAUUGGUGGUGAACAAAAGCCCCGAGAUUUAAGUUCACGUAACUGCUCUCCCAAUCGUCAAAGUCCUGUGUUAAAUCUUUCCAAAUCGGGUGGUAAUACCGAUCAGGGUAGCAAUUGUGAUGAGCGUAGUGAACGUAGUGAUAUGCAUUCCCCAGCCCAUUCGGUACGUGAUGAUAGUAUAGAACGCAACAGUGGUCGUAGUGUUGGCGAUAUAGGUGGUGGUAAUGGCACCCAUAUGGAUGAAGAUGAAGAUAUUGAAAAUCUAAGUGAUGACAAUGUAUCGGAAGUUGAUGAAAGAAUGGGCAAAGAUGAUGAAGAUUUAAGUGAUGUUGAACGCGAUAAUCAUUCUCCUGCCUCACAACGUCAUCAGCGCGCCCACAAUAUGCCCCAUCAUAAUGCCUCGCUGGUGAGUUCAGUAGAUCGUGUUUCGGUGAAUGUUUUAAGCGAUCACGAUCCUACUCAUCCAGCUUUGCAACAUGGUUCUCCCUCUCAUAGUGCAGCCGUGGCUGCGUUGCAACAUCAACGUGCUUUAAAUUACUCCACAUUGGCGGCGGCAGCAGCUGCAGCCAAUGGUGGUGCUAAUGGUCCUUCACUACCCGUGUCCGGCAGUGGUGGUGCUCUAACACCCAACGAAGCUUUAUUGGCAGCAAGUGAUGCUUCCACAGCAGCUGCGGCCUUAGCAGCAGGAGGUCUUACUCUCGGCCCACUGGCCAUGGAUCCUGGUGUACCCUCUUCCACCGAAACCUUAUUGCGUAAUAUACAAAGUCUUUUGAAGGUGGCGGCAGAUAAUGCACGUCAACAGGAACGAGCCAUAAGUUAUGAAAAAGCUGAAUUAAAAAUGGAUGUUUUACGCGAACGUGAAGUUAAAGACUCAUUAGAAAGGCAAUUAGUUGAUGAGCGGAAAUUAAGAGUACUCUAUCAAAAACGUUAUAGACGUGAACGUAAAAUGCGUAUACGUUAUCAAACACAAAUCGAGGGUGGCAAACGUAAAUCACCAAAUGCGGGUGGUGUAAAUACCAGCAAUAUGGCCUCAAAUCUAAGCGGCAACAACAAUAAUAACAACAACAGCAGCAACAACAAUAAUAAUAAUAAUAACAACAGUAGCAGCAAUAAUAAUAACAACAACAAUAAUAAUAAUAACCACAAUACAUCAUCAUCAACAAAUUCCAAUAAUAGUGUUAAUGACGAUGUCCGUUCAAUAGAUUCCACCUCAUUGCACAGCAAACACAGUGGCAGUAUUUCGGAUUUAACAAGAAAAUCAGAACAAGAUAAUGAUGGCAAACAAAGUGAAAAGUCUGAUAAAUCUUCAAUGUCCUCAAUAAACUCGCAUCAUUCACAAGCGCCACAACAACAACAGCAGCAACAACAUUCACUUCUUCCUCCUCAACAACAGAGUGAUGAUCAUCAUCAUCAACAGUCACAACGCCAUUUACGUCAUCAUUCGGAAAGUCCUAGCUUUAAGCGUGAACCUCAAUCCGAUCAUGAAGGUGAUAAUCAUUCUUCAAUCCCUCAUCAUGCUCAUCAUAAUCGUGCUCUCAGCGAUAGUGGUCGUCACUCGUCGUCGGAUCGUCUUAAUGAUCGUGAUCAUGAUGAUGAACGUCGUUCUAGCGAUCGUGAAAGUAAUCGUCCUCCUUCAUCUCAAGCCGAAAAUAGUUUGGCUGUUGCUGCUGCUGCCGCGGCGGCUGCAGCUGCUAACGGUAAAGGCCAAUGGCAAUAUCCAGGCAUUGAUCUUAUGGCUACUGGGGCUUUUUGGCAAAAUUAUUCGGAAUCUUUGGCCCAAGAAAUUGAAUUGGAACGUAAGACCCGUUCCGCCAAUGCAGAACGUGAUGUUAAAAGUCCAUUGGCUGAAAGACAAGCGGCGGCCUAUUAUAAAAAUUCCGUACUAUUUGGCAGUGCAAAUUAAAUAUAAAAAAGGUAUUUAACAAACUUUAUUAAAAAAGGACUUUUUAGUGAAACAAAAUAGAAAUAAAGGCGUUUAAGUAAAAACAAAAAUUAUGAUCUCAAAGUGCAAUUGUGGUGGAAAAAAGGAGAUUUAUAAAUUAAAAAAAGGACAUUUUAUUAUAGCAAAACAACUAAAUUAGUUGACCCCCAAAUUAAAAUAGUAAAUAAAAAAAAUGAAAAAAAAAAUUUGCUUCAAAGUAAGAAAACUGGAUUUUAGCAAAAUAUUUAAUAUAAAACUGUAAAUAGCAAUUUUGAAAAAUUU